AUGUCCGAGGGGGAGAGCGAGGAAAGCUCGGGCGGCGAGUGCCCCGUGUGCUACGAGAAGUUCCGCGAAAUGGAGGGCGCCAGCCGGACGCUGAGCUGUGGCCACAUGUUCUGCCAUGACUGCCUGGUCAAGUACCUCCUCUCCACGCGCGUGGACGGGCAGGUCCAGAGGACCGUCGUCUGCCCCGUCUGCCGCUACGUCACCUUCCUAGGCAAGAAGAGCUCCUGGCCCUCCAAGCAGGACAAGAGCUCUCAGACCCUGGCCGUGCCCAUGGGCCUGACGCCCAUGCCACCGCCGGACACCCUAGGCCACGCUAACCCUCUGGCCCUCUCCCAGCCUUUCUGGAGGCCGUCCCCGAAUCAGGGCGGCCAGCUGCCCUUGGUCCCGCCGCCCGGCCUGCCCCGGGAGCCGCAGAUCUUCAUCAUCAGCUGCCACGGGAUGCCCCUGGGGAAGCAGGACAGCAUCCUGCCCGGGCGCAACCUGGCCGAGCUCUCGGAGGCCUCCCUGGUGCCCAGCUCCACCCGGUCGUUCUGCAGCUGCUCCCAGGCCCUACUGCUCAUCAUCCUCAUUGCCGUGGUGGCCGUGGUGGCUGCCAUCCUGCCCUGGGUGCUGGUGGUGAGGAAGCACGCGUGA